GCUGCUGCUGCCACCGCCGCCCCGGCAGGUGUUCAAGCCAUGCCGGCCUUCAGCCCCGCCGCUCUAGGCUCCCGACAAGCCAGACCGCGGGCGAUCCGCCGAGAGGAAGGAGGCCGAAAACGCACCUGCCGCGCUUCACACAACGCGCCGUCGCAGCGCCCGCCCGCGCCGGGCCCGACACGCUCACGCAGCGCCGCCAAUGGACGCGCGGAACACGCAGGGCCCCGCCCCCGCCCGGGCCCUGGGCCCCGCCUCUCGGCCGUUGAAGGGAGAGCGCCCCUCUGUCUGGGGGCUUUAAUCUCGGCCAUAGCAGUCGAAUGCCAAAGAGCUUGGCAGCUGGAAGAUGUACACCGAAAAAAAAGAAAAAUUUUAAAGAGGAAAAGGGAAGCCAAAUUCCAGUUUAGAGGUGCGAUAAUAUCAAGGCCACAUACACUACCCUCUCCAAUCUGCCUGCAGAAGCAUGGCUUUUUAAUAAAUACUGGUUGA